UUGAGUGUCGUACGCUGUUGCACAAUGUUCAUCUUCAUAGGUCCAUCACUCCACGGAAUGGACACGCAACAUCCCUCCUUUUAUCGUUUCAGCUCGUUGCGCGCACUUGUAAAUGAGCUGGGCUGCUCCUUGUUGUGGUAUCUUCUUGAGGUGUCUUCUCUUUGCAGCAUGGGCUGGAAAAUCAAUGAAAGAAGACUGAAUUGAACUGAAUCGCUGAGAAGUUUAUACUUUAACCUUCGAACAUUUAUUCAACAAGCACUCUUCUUUAUACCUGGAGCUGUCACCAGUUACACUUCUGUCUUAACAGCAGAAAAGUUGCCUUAAACUGUCUAUUGUCUCAGCACCGAAAGUCCAAAUGGAGAAGAAAACGAAGAAGGACCUACCUACGCUAACUCCAGAGAGAGGGGAAGAGUAUAAGAGGAUCGUGGGUAAGAAAGGAAUGAGAAGGACCAAAGCAGAAGAACUGGAUGCUUCAUGUAAAGAAACUGAUGGCAGAGAUCAGCAGCUGCAGCAUUCAGUGGUCCAUGAGGCUGACCACUCAGAAAGCAACCUAAAAGUCAAGAUCGGCCUUGGGGCUAAACGAACCAAGAAACCCCCAAAGAGACUUGAGAACUUCAUAUGCCGUCCCACAGUUCGAGGUUCUCAGAGGCCUGGUUCUCUAACUGGGCAUGACCUCUUUGAAGUUGGGGAUGGUAUAAAUGCUAAAACCAGGGCCUCUAAUCAGUUAUAUCAUUCUGUUCACAAGAAGUACAAUGUAGAAUCCAUUGCAACAAAAACAAGUUCAGCCAUCACAAGUCCAAAUCUAUCAACAGGGCCUCACUUAUCUCUUCUACCUUCCAGAUGUGUGUGUCCAGCUUUUGACUCCAUGAAUACAAUGACAGCUAAAAAGGUUCUUCCAAAACAAACUAGGAGGACAGAUUUACAGUCAAACUUAACAACAGAAGAAUUUCCUAAUGCAGUUCAACCACAGUCGUCCAACAAACUGUCCAUUUCCCAGAAGAUAACUGCCAUAAAGCAGACGCACUCCCCCAGACCAAGUCUCUCAUCUUCCUCCCCAUUACAACAGAACUCCAGUCCACAAGAGGGCAUCAAACCUCUUAACAAGGACAUGAAAGAGCAAGCUCUGAUUUGUCCAAACUCCAGUCACGGAAAUCAGAGUAAAACCAAUUUAUGUGGUCUAUCAUACAAUACAAAUUCAUUGUCCUCCAAACAAACGUCCUGUCUUCUAAAGAAUGUCUCAAGUAAUUCAGAAAUAUCUUUAAGUGUGAAUUUGGAAAGAAAGGAAGGUGAAGUGUGCAUGGAAGAGUUACAACAUCCUAACCAGAGUGAUUUUGGAACAAUAACUAAUGAAGAGAAUGGAGACCGGAAUGUUUCCAUGCAACAGUCAAGUCCUUGUGCAAAUGACCCACCAGUCCAUCUACCGUCUAUGCAAGUAGAUAGUUCCAAAUCCCCCUGUAAGAGCAGUGCCAAUGCACCAGGCUUAUCAGAGCAUAGCAAAGAGAGCAAGGAACAGCAUGAAAAGAAACAUCUAAGUGGAGCAGAAAUUACUAUGAGUUCAUCCCAAGCAGUCACCACUGAACAGCAAAAUGAUGGCAGUACAGAAAGAUCACAUGUUAAUAAGACUGGGAAAAAAGUCAUGCAUUGCUCAUAUCAAAAGGAAAGUAAAGCACAUUGCUCAUAUGACACUAACAACUCUGAAGGUUCUGCAGUAAACACUCGAAAAGCACCUGCUUCAGUUAACCUUGUCAUGGAUUGCUGCCCUUCACAAUUCAAGCAAGGUGAAAACCCUUCAAAAAAACAAAAGGCUAGACAUCUUCGCUGCAGUAAGACUACAAAGAUUACCAGUGAGAAUAAUUUUAAUCCUGUUGCUUGUACCACAGUACUGCAGGGUUGUUCAAAAAAUGAAACUCCGUCCUUCAAAUCUUCAAAUGCCCUGUCCUCAUCUCGUUGUGAACGAAAGCCAGCUGGACGAGCUCCCAAACUGAAACAAUCUCAGAGCUUAAUUCUAACCACAGAAAUUUCAUCUCUUAAUAAGACACAACCAAGGAAAAGGGGUCGCCCAAAAAUUCUCAAAUCGGAAGUAACUUUACAGGGCCACUAUUCUCAACUGGCUAUUGGUAAUCCUUCAAAUAAUGAAGCUCCACAAGAGCCAGAUUCAGAACCUGAUGUGAAAAAGCCAAGAAAACGAGGGCGCCCCAAGCUGUGUUUUUCCAACAAAGCACUGGGAGCUCAGCCAGCAUUAAUCUCUAAGAAACCGGGUGCUGGAGAUCAUCAAAUGACUUCUAAAGACAAACCAAGAGACACUCAAAAGUGCAACAGAAGCAAUAGGCUAAUAAUGAAGACAAUCAUCAGAAAGAUCAAUAAGAUGAGAGUGAAGAGGAGAGAUCAGGUUCUCACACACAUUCUCCUGGGGAAAAAAGAGUGUGACAGUGCUGAAUCCCCUCAGGAAGGCAGUGUGGUAGAUGUACACAGCACAGUUUCUCCUGCUACAGACUCCUUAUCCUCUCUUGUAACAUCUUUUGGAGGUAAACUUGGUCCUCAGAUUAAUGUCAGUAAAAGAGGAACUAUUUAUAUGGGAAAAAGGAGAGGUCGCAAACCAAAAUGUCAGAGAAUUUCCACCAUAGCAUCCAAUCAAAUUUCCUUCCUAGACCCUAAGCAAAUGUCCUUGGACUCUUUUCAGUUUAGCUCAAAGACUGCUUCUAUGCAUCAAUCAUUAGAAGCCCAAACGCGUUCCUUGUCUGGCUCCUCUUGUAUAUUCAAAAAUAUUCCUUCUUCUUCAUCCCCUGGUAGAAGUUCACAAAUUAAUUUUAAUACCAAAAAGGUAAAGCCAUCACCCUUCAUACACCUCUGUGAACAACAAACGUCCAAGGCUCACUAUGAAUCAACAUUGACUAGCAACGCUGGUGUAGGAAUUAGUCACAAAAGCACUUUAGACCAAGGUGAAAAGGAAAUGAAUAGCAGGUUGUCAGCUGAUAUGGGAAUUUCCUCCACAUUGACUGCAGGCGCUGUAUUUACCCUAACUGGUAUUCCAAGGAAUACAUCCGUUAAGGGAAGACCAAAAGCUCUUUCUUCCUUGCCUUCACAGCACCUCUCUUCUGCUCAUUUGUCCGUACACUCUGGUUUGGCACAGGAUUCUAAUGGGACACAUAUUACCAGUCCAUCACUGGAAUUCACAGAUCAAGAGGUACAUAAGUUUAAGUGCCAUAGAAAGAGUCACCAUUGUCUUGGUCAUGACAAGCUUAGGAGACAUAAAUAUAAAUGCAAGAAGAAGUUUAUGCAGCUCAAGGACAAAAGACAGGACCCAGACUUCCUUGCUGAGGUUGAGGACUUAGUUGUCCGACUUAGUGAGAUUCAUAUUGUGCAGCACAUCACACAAACAAGGUUUGAAGAUGAUGGUUGCACUGCUGGAAGAAAGAGUGUAAAAGGCAAAGGUCAAACUCAUGAUCUUCCGAGCAUACAAGAAAAGGUUCAUCCUCCAGCUAUGUUUCAAAUUAACUUCAGUGGAUACUACUCACCGCAUUCUGCCCUAUCCUGUGACCCUCUUCAUUAUGUCAGAAUGGCAAAUUCAAGAAGAAAACAUGGUUGCUCCUCUGAGCCAAGUGAACAAAUUAUUACACAUUUCCCUGUGAUGCACAAACUUGGGUAUCCACUCCCAGGUGGUGGACUUUUCCACCCAUCCUACAAAGUUCCGUUCACGACCACCUCACUUGGUUUUGGACUCUAUCGAGGAUACCCAUCCACUACACCAUUAUAUCCAUCACCUUUUGCACCAUCAUAUCUGCAUCACUACUCUAAAAAUCCCAUUAUAAGCCCUUCUAAGUUUCACAAGAAGAGAACCAAGUACCUAAGGCAAGACCCUAUACUUUGGGGAGGAAAGGCACCAGGGACAUAUCCCAGGAUUGCCCCUCACCUCUCUUGCGAUUGCUUUACUAAGCAAAGGUGGCAAACGGAAAAGCAGCGUGAGAAGGACAGAGGAGGAAGAGAUGAACAUGCUAGGAUGAGAGAAAGAAAGCAUAGUAUUGAGUGGCUAUUUUGGCAAAAUAAGCAUACAAAAGACAAUGAGAAUCCAGGGGACUGUUCUUCUAAUGCCCCUUCCUCAUCACCUUCUUCUUCAAUAUUCUCCAAAAUACAAAAUAAAGACAGAAUGUUUCCUCUUACACGUAUAAAUCCAUCAAACCAGAGGCAAGUGGGGGAAAUAAGAUGGUCAGAGCAUCAACCACCAUGGCCUCAGACAAGGGGUCUUGAACCAAACCUUGACGACAGAAGUCUAAACCAAGAAUCAAAGGGCCAUGAUGAUAUUCUGUCAAAGGACUGUGAUGAUAUUCUGGAAGGGUCAGAGUGUGAUGGGGACUUGACAUCACCUAAGCAUCCAAGCAGAACAGCUCACUCUUUCUUAAGACAGCCUAAACUAUUCAGUAAUACUCAGAGUCAAAGAAGAAUCAGGAAGGAUGUUGGAGUGACUGGUAUUUCAGACCUCUUAAUGCAGCAAGAUGGGAUGCAGGAGUUCUCCUCUUUAGCAGACAAAAGAGCAGAAGACUCUGCCCAAGCUGGUAGCCUGCACUUCCUUGGGAAGCACCAGCACGGCGAUUCUCCCUCUUCCAGAGAACAGGAGAAGAGGGAAACAAAGGGACAUAAAUCCAGCAGGAGACCUCUCCUCCAGGAUGAGGAUGACCAUUUUGGCCAAAGCUCCCCUCGUUUAAUGCAUGAUCGUGCCCACCCUUGUUUUAAGGAGUCCAGAAACGCUGCAUCUGUAGGUGAUAAGCCACAGAGGCAUUUCAAGUCACCCAGUCAUAAGAACCCUCAUGCGCUGGAAGUCACAGCUGUCAGGCAGGUAAAGAGGAGGGGACCAGGUCGGCCGAAGAAGAACCCUCCUCCCCUGUCUCCUCCAUGUUCACCUCCCUCGCCCCGACUAACCCGGUGGCCGACUGAAGAGAUAGAGAGAGCAGGAGAAGGAGGCAGAGAUAAAAGACAAGGUGACACAGUGGUAGAAGUGAUAGAGGCCGUGAUUCAUGAAGAGCAGAAAAGAGAAAGACAGAGAAGAAACACUGAAAGAGAGAGAGAUGGAGACCUGGAACUGAAAGAGGGGAAGGAUAGGACUGAGACCUCUCCAGCCUUCCACACACUCUCAGCAUCCACUGGUCCGUUGCCUGGCCUACCAACAUCCAUGGAGGCAGAUGAAGAGUUCCAGCCAGAGAAGAGCUCAAAUUCACCACCCAAUAAGAAGUAUUUAUGGGCAGGGCUUUAUUCAGAUGUUUAUAAAACAGAAGACAUUCCUCAGCUGCCUCAAGAGCCAAGCAUGGACUGUCUGGAAUACAAUCCUGCAGAGCAUGAGUACAGCCUCCUUCCUGCACCGCUACACGUGGGAAAGUACCUGCGGUUGAAACGGAUUGACUUUCAGUUACCCUAUGACAUCCACUGGCUCUGUGCACAUAAUAAGCUAUUUGAAAAACCUGACACCCUACCACAGGCAACAACAUCUGACAGUUCCUGCAAACCCCUUAAAAGCAGCGCGGCUCGAUACUACGAUGAAGACGCUUCCCACAUCAGGCUCUCUAAACCUCCCUGGAACGAUGGCGCGGACAGUGGGUUGCUGCUGUGUAAUGAGGAGGAGAAGGGCCCUCAACUCCCCAAACAGCAGGAGGGAAGCUGUGACAAUGAGAUCUUCCCCUCGCCCUUAUCUAGUGAGGAAAGGACUUUCGUGAUGAAACGUGGCAUCUUCCUGGUGCGAAAUUAUGAGAAGAUGAGGUUGAGACGAGCACUUCUUCUGAGAGAGGGAGUCGGGGAACGAGAGAGAGAGAAGGGGGAUGAUGAAGGAAGCAGCCACAGUGAGGAUGGACUCGUCGAUGAAGACCCAACCAUCAAGUCAGGUCUAGGAGUGUGCUUGAUUGAGCAGAGGUCAUACCCUGAAGAAGAGGAACCCAUGAGAUCCCAAAGCAAAAGUCUCACACACAUACUCAAGAAGAUCUGGGAUAGCAUUGCCACCUGCAAGGGAUCAUCUGGACAAACCCUUACAGCUCCUCUGCUAAAUCUUUGUUCCAGAAAGAGGUCUGACUCUGCUCUGCUGGACCUCAGUACAGUGCAGACACAGCUCAUUUCAGGACACUAUAAGAACCUGGAGGCUUUCCACAAAGACAUGCUCAGAGUGUUCCACUGCGCAGAGAAGUACUAUGGCUCCAAGUCCUCAGUUGGCCAUGAUGUGAGUCAGCUGAGGGCUGCAUACUGCAAAGCUCACCGGGAAGCCUCAGCCCACACCACCAGCUUCCUGUAAAGGAAACAAAGCCACACCCACACAUCCGCCUCCCAGGGCACGUUGUGGGUGGGGUAAGCACCAUGGUAACAGUCCCACAGGCAUGAUGGGCCUUGAAGAAGAGGCAGACAAUGCCCUCCGACACCAAAGACCUGUUGUGUGGUGUGCUUACAUAGGCAUUGCACAGGACAGAGCCCUGCUGGAUGGGAUGCUAGCUGUGGAAAGAAGAGAUAAACCUACAGUUUGAAAGCCCACCCAUCCAUACUACUUUGGGAAGAGUGGAUAUCAUACAGAGGAGAAAGGAACUGUUAGUCAAAAAAGAAACAGACAUUUCAUUUCAUUUACUCCCAUGUUUUUUCAACUGUUCUUUUGUAUCUUUAGUUGGUGUAACUAAAAAAAGCAUGGAAUGCAUGAAAUUGUUGGAAUUGGAAAAAAGCUGUUUAGUGAGUCAAACUUUAGCCAAGGGAUACACUAAAUAUAUUUUACAUGUGUAUUUAGUGAAAUGUAUUAUUUCAUAGGUUUCCUUCAUGAUUGUAUCGUAUACAGUACAUAAUUUGCCUUGUCCAAUGCCUGCACAUAGUACCAAUGAUGUAAUUAAUGUGAGAUGUGCCUAGUAUUUAAAAGCAAUAAGAUACCAUUUUCUUUGCCAACAUCCUGCUUUUUUAUCUCUAUCGACAUUUCCCCUCUUCAAACACACCCUCUUUCUCAGAGGGGAACGUUUGACAUUUACCUAAGUAGGUCUGACUUGUUAGAGAUGCUAAUUACAAUAUAUUAAGAGAUAAUGUUUAGAAGAAAAUGGAGAAUGGUUUUUAAUUCUCAAAGACAAGUUAUGCUUUUGGCUGGUUCAACUUAUAGUAGCCACUGAGACUGGAUUUUAUUUAGUGUUUUCAGUUAGGUCUCAAUAAAUUUCUCUCUUCAGUGUC